CCUCAGGGACGCCUUGCUCUGCCUGCGAGCUUGGGGAGCCCUGGGGAUCCCUUUCGGCUCAGAAAGUUUGGGGAUGGCCUCUUGUGAGCUUAGGGACACGCUGCCCUUCCUGCAGUCUGGGAAGUCCAGGUACACCCUGCCUGUGAGCUCGGUGUCACCCUGCAUUGCCUGCAAGCUUGGGGAGCCUCAGGGAUGCCAUGCUUGAGAGCUCAGGGAGCUUGGGAACACCCCGCUGAGAGCUCGGGGUCUCAGGGAUGCCCUCCAUGCCCAUGAGCGCACAUAGCGUCCCUGUGAGCAGGAUGGCCGGCUGGCUCUGACCCUCUGCAGUUUUGCUUCCCUUGAGGUCCAGGCGAGCAUGACGUCCCCCUGGGUUGCAUCAGGGUGCCUCUGCACAGCCAGGGAAGAAGGGAUCAGUUCUACUUGCCCAGCCCUCACCUUGUGUCCACAUGUGUUGUGGUGCAGGGAUGGAGCUGUGGACAUCCCAAGGCUCUGCCUGCCCUGGCUUUAUGGUGUGAGCACCCAGGAGAGCUGCCAGCGUGUCCCGCUGUGACUGUGCUGUGCACCAUGGCCAGUUACAGUGGCCGGGCACCAUGUGGAUGAGCACCCACUCCUGCUGUGGCAGCAUCUGAAUCGAGGCAUUUCUUUUUCUCAUUUCCGUAUUUAGCAGUCACUUUUUAAGUCUCUCCCCAGGAAGAGCAGCUGGGGAAGGUUACGAGAGGUCCACCACCGAGGAAGCUGGCUCUUCCUCUUCCUUUUCCAUUUCAGAAGCUGCUUCCAUGCUGCCCGGCCCUGGCGGGCUGGCUGCUUCCCCGUAUGGGGCUGCAGCUGGGCACUGGCCUUGGUGGCCCCACAGCCAUCCUUGGGCCAUGGGGGGUCGGUGUCCCUGGGACCCCUUGGCAGGGUCACCGUGCCGUGCCGCUGGUCUUUGGCUCCACUUGGCACCUGGAUACAUCUUAAUGCACCAUGUGGGGCCAGCGCCGCCCCGCACUUCUUAUCUGCCCCGUGCCGGCCGCCUGCCCCUGCUGUUUUGUCUGCGGCACUGUGUGACCCUGGCUGUGCCACGGGGAUGGGCUGCAGCGUGCGUCAUCGCGUGCCCGGCUGUCACCUGGCGCCCAGAGCUUGGUGCUGUCACAUUCGCCGUCCUCUGCGUGGGGUCGGACCAGAUGCAGGGCCACGUGCUGCCCCUUCCCCUCCUGCUGCAGAUCCCCUUCGUUCUGCACACCCGUUGCCCGUUGUUGUGCUGGGAUUUCAGCUCGCCAUACUGACUCAGGGCCCUCAUAGGAGCCGAGCAGGGCUCAGAGCCGGACCCCCAUCCCUGGGGCGUUUCCCAGCCCAGCUGCGGGGCGAGGGCGCGCAGGAAGGAGGCGGGAGCUGCGGCUUUGGGCGGGACGGGGGCUUCUCCGCCGGGAGCUGUCAGCUGGAAGCCAUCAGCGGGGCGGAGAGAGCCUCCUUCUCAGGGCCACACACGCCGGUGGCCCCGCGGGGACGCAACCGGCGGUCCCAGCCAGCACGUGGGCACAGCGCGGCACCGCAGAGAUGCCGCUUUGCUGCCUGGCCAACAUCCCACUGACUCCGGAGACCCAGCGGGACCAGGAGCGGCGGAUACGCAGGGAGAUCGCCAACAGCAACGAGAGAAGGCGGAUGCAGAGCAUCAAUGCUGGCUUCCAGUCGCUGAAAACCCUCAUCCCGCACACGGACGGGGAGAAGCUCAGCAAGGCGGCCAUCCUCCAGCAGACAGCUGAGUACAUCUUCUCCCUGGAGCAGGAGAAGACCCGGUUACUACAGCAGAACACCCAGCUCAAGCGGUUCAUCCAGGAGUUCAGCGGUUCUUCCCCAAAGCGGCGACGAGCGGAGGACAAAGAUGAGGGCAUCGGCUCACCGGACAUCUGGGAGGAUGAGAAGGCCGAGGACCUGCGGCGAGAAAUGAUUGAGCUCCGGCAGCAGCUGGACAAGGAGCGCUCGGUCCGCAUGAUGCUGGAGGAGCAGGUUCGCUCGCUGGAGGCUCACAUGUACCCCGAGAAGCUGAAGGUGAUUGCUCAGCAGGUGCAGCUCCAGCAGCAGCAGGAGCAGGUGAGGUUGCUACACCAGGAGAAGCUGGAGCGGGAGCAGCAGAUCCGAACUCAGCUCCUGCCAGCACACGGUCCCCCAGCGCCCACCCACCACCCCACUGUGAUCGUCCCAGCACCACCUCCCUCCCAUCAUGUCACCGUGGUCACCAUG